AUGACAGCGAGACUUUUGGAUACUAAAAAAAUUCGGGUGAGAGAUUGUAAAGAUAUCAAGGUUGAUUUUGAGAAUUUGGGAAAAGGAAGGUUCUGGUUGAAGAUCAACCAGUUCUAUAAUGUUCAGUACUAUGAUUUCGAGUUUAAUUAUAAUGAAGAAAAAAUUGAGUCGAUUGUGUCUAAAGAAUUUGAUGUUAGACAUUUGGUGAAAGAUGGAAAGAGAAUUUUGCUUGUUACUAAUAAUAAUUGCGAGGAUUAUAGUGAAUUUAGACACUUGCACUCGGUUCAUGAUUAUGAAACUAAAACGUCACUUUUGAUAUCAAAAAAUUUAACUGUGAAUGGAAUUAUUUUUAACAAGUAUCAUGUCCGGAAUAUUAACAACGGGAAGCAUAUACUACUUGAAUUAAAAAAUACAGCGGAUACUUAUGAAGAAAUUUAUUAUGAUAAUUUGUUGGAAGCAAAAGAAGUGAAUGGAAUUAAAAGUGGAAUGUCUAUUAAUUUGAAUAUUAAUGUCGAUUAUUCAAAGAACAAAAAAGUUUUAAAGACUGAUGUAAAAAUAAUGAACAUUUUAAUGUACUGGAAUGCAGUAGCAAUGUUAUUUUCGGGGUUGAAUAAAAAUUUUAAUAUAAAAAUAAAGAAAAUUAAUUUUGCUGAGACUACUGGUGUAUUGUUUUCGAAUGAAGACUCAAUGACUUAUACAUUGCUCGGGAUCCAUAGAUCCAUGAAUAAUUAUUUUUUAAAGAACAGAGUUUCUGUUAGAGACAAUGUUGAUAUUCAAGUGGCUAUGACAACGGCAGAUAUAUGCUUACGUGCUGUAGCUGCCGACUGCGAUAUUAAAGGGUACACGCUUCUAUUAUCAGGCGUGCGUCCAUCAAACGAUAAAUUCAACAUUGCAGUAAUAAGUUACUCGCCUUUACUGCUUAAUUACGAUCUCGGUGCUCGCGAAAUCGCUCAUUCACUGGGAGUUAAUUAUCAAAAUUGCGACGGAAUAAUGAAUAGAGAUAAUUCAUGGCAAUCAUUUACCUGGUGUGAAGAAACCUUGCCAGAGUUGAGAAAUAUUGAAGAGUUUAUUCGUACUUUGAGAACUCCAAAAAUUCAAAAUUUAGGAGUUCUAAAUAUUUUAGAACCUCUAAAUGGCUCUAAAAUCUUUUUAUGA